ACGGUUUCAUGCCGACAAGGCCCAAGGCGGCAGCAGCGCCGACGCCGUCCUUUGAGAAGUCACUUCCAUGGGAACAUGCGCAAGGAGCGACACCACUGGAUCGCACAGUCAAGGUGGGCAAGGAUCGGCAGCAGUUCUUCGAUCGACACAAAGAACCCCCCAGCGCCAUCAAUGUUGACCAUAUCCAAGGAGUGGGCCAUGCCGCGUUGCACUUGGCCCACCGCGCGGACACGUUCAAGAAAACCUCGUCCGCCACCAUAUCGACUGACAACGACAGUGACAGUGCCUCUGACGAAGAGUUUGAGUCCAAGAUGCACCAAGAUGAACUCGAUCGCAUUCUCAUGGCCGAGGAAUGGGACACUCGCUUCUGGAAUCGAGUGAAAAUACACGAAGCCAUCGACACGCUGUACGCUGAAAUCGAAAAGAGCUCGGACGUGGCCCGCCGGCGCCUGGCGCACAAGAUGCUGCUGCAUCUCAACACCCUCCACAAAGAGGCAAACAUGACCAAUGAAAACAACCUGUGCACGCUCUCCAACAAAGCCUUCCGCAAACUCACUGUCCAUGUCAAGAACAACGCCGUCUUCAACAUCGCCGAGCUCUUGGCCGUCUUUGCCGUACCGUACGCCGCGGCACUCUCGCACGAAAACGCGGUGCUUCGGUCGCUCACGGUGCUGCUUCGGCAAAUGGACUGCGCCGCCCGAGUUCUUCAGCACUUUCGACGGCGGCGGCAGUUUGAACGACAGGUCCGAACCCAGGACAUCUCUGUCGAGGCGCGCAUGCGGAUGCGAGCCAUCAACGUGGCCAAGAGCAUUGAGCUGAGCCGACAGCAGCGGUGCAUCCAUGAAGUACUGGGCCACGCCCCCAUGCCCGAGCGCGCCGUGUUGGCGUACAUGACCAUCAUGACGACCCUCGUCCAGGACGAGCUGCAGCCGGCCACGGGCCUUCCCCGUCACGACCGCGCCAAGAUCAUCCCCGCGGGGGGGCUGGUGUGGCUCAACCAGUGCGUCCAACAUCGCCACAGUCCGUCGCUCGUGGCGCUCACCACCCAACUCCUCAUCGUGCUGGCACACGAUACCGACCGCAUUUCCGACAUCUUGCGGAGCAACGUCGUACAGCACGUGGCGACAAACUUGGCCCAAGCUAGCAACGACUGUGACAAAGCCCUGGCGAUCGCAUUUUUGGACCGUGUGGCGCAAAGCGUCUGCGACGUCGUGCACAAACAACGCACGGGUGUGUCGAGUAACGCGUCGGACGUGUCUGGCGGGACGGUUGUCUCGGCCAAAACGUACCACAGCCUCACGCGAACCUUAUCCGUCAAGAGCCACCGCAGCACCCACGUCAGUAGUUCCAGUCUGGUCAGUCGCAACGACGACACCGCGGACGCGCGAGACACGGCCUACCGCAACCGCCACUUGUCCGCGCUAGUUGUGGAGCAACUUGCAACACCGACUAUCGUUGGCAUAUUGCUUCGCACACUAGACAUGGCUUCGCCCCCAUCCGUCACCACCGGCCUCCUCCAGGUGCUGCACAAGCUGGCCUACGACGUCGGAUACCCGUUGCUAGUGGACCUCGUCACACGGAAUGCAGGCCGAUACCUGUCGACGAUCGUACAGUGUCUCAGCGACACGGGGGGGUCGGACGUGGUGCUCGCAGCCCUUCAGCUGCUCAUGGCCCUCGCGUCGCGGGAAGAGGGCCGCGACGGACUCAUGGUGGCGGGAUUGGUGCCAUUGGUACGCCCGUUGUGUGCACCGGGGAUGCACGCCCCCAACAACAGCUACCGCUUUGUCGUGGGGCUUCUUGCGAUCGUGGUGUGUGCCAACCCCGUCAAUUCGUUGCUGUCGUUUCCCACGACCUUUCGAAGCAACGACAACGGGGUGUCCUUUGUCCCGAUGACGUUGCUGGUGUCGCCCCACACAUUACUCGACCACGUCCAUGUGUGCUUGCUACAUUGCGUCACCCACGACACCGCAGGCCACAGUGCGCAGUAUUUCCAAACGACCAACACCCUGCCCCUCGUGCUCGAGCUGCUCGUGCAACCGCCGGGGCAACCGACCCAACAGUCGCGGUCUCAGCGGCACAUUAGCGCCAUAGUGCUGUCCCAUCUAUGUCGAGUGGCCAGCGUAGCGUCGACGCUGGCGUUUCGACAAGACGUGGCCACGCACUUGGCGGUGGUGGUGCAGACAAAUCGGAUGGAGGGGAGCGAAGGGGGGGGAUGCGCGUCCUUUUCCCGCGUGGACCACCAGCGGCACCUCCAGAGCACCGCCGAAGCCUGCCGCGCCAUGCUACGCCUGCUCCGGUGCCAGGUCCAGACCCACCAACCGCGGACUGUCGUAUUGGCGGCUCAGGUGUUUUAUUUGAGAACGCUCUUCAAGGUGCACGCAUUGGAAGACGUCGUCGCGUGUUGUCGACCUGUCAACACCGUGGGCGACUUCGCGGCCGACGACGUCGACGUCGUCAAGUGCGCGGUGCAGCUCGUGGGACUGCUCAUGCCGUCGCUGUCCCUGCUCGAGCAGCAGACGUGGCCGGUGGCCACGAGCGUUCACGGAGUGGCGUUGGACCAGGCGGGGAUUGCAGACUUGGCCAAGCGACUGGUUGCCGCGGCCACGCCCGCGCUCCUCCACACACUGGCGGCGGACGAUCCGCUGCCGCGAGUGGUCAAAUGGUGCUGCGGUACCCUCGCCCAGCUGUGCUCGACCAACGCCACGUGCGCCCAAGUGCUGCACGCGCGUUGCUUGGACGUUGUCGCAGGCCUCGUGCCGAACGUUCCGAGCGACGUGUGUAAUGGGCUUAGGUCCAUGCCGCCGCAACUGGCAGUGUGCCUUUGUGAAAGCGCCCAAGACGACAAGUACGUGAUGGACUCUUCCUCGCAAGUGUUGAGAAGGUAUGACGUGGCAGGCUCGUGGCGCUGCCGCCGACAUUUUACACGUUGCUGGCCCAGUUGGGCCGGCUCGCGGACGGCCGCGCGGCCAUCUACCGCCUCAACAUCCUCACGAGGAUCCUCAAGCGAGUGCACUUUGCCUCGAGCAAAGUCAAGGGAUUUUUAACCCAGCACGACCACCAGUGUCGCAGUGAAAUCGCCCGAAUCGUCGCUGCCAUCGCCAACGAGAACGCCGUGGGGGUCGGAAACGUGAACGAAUUGUGUCUGCGCCACCACGUCCACACGAUUCUCGUGCAGAUGCUGCAUCCAGAGCUGCCCCCGGACCUGCCCCCGGCGUUGGGGCCUGUCUUGUACAUAAAUAUCCGAAUAGUGUGAAGAUUUCAGACGGAUUAUCUUUCUUGCCGGUAGGGUCGAGAGCGGUCUGGCCGCCUUGAGCGCCAUGGCCAAAGACCACAUCCGAGUCGUGCCGGCCCUCGUGGCAGCCCAUGCGCUUCCGCACAUCGUGUCGUUCCUGGCGCGAUGGGACGUGGACGCGGCGGUGACGAUGUCCAUGCUAGAAGGCGCGGUGCACGUGAUGUGGGGCAUGGCCCAGAGCCCGUCGGAAUCCAUCCAAGCCUUGAUCCAAGCGUCCAAAGUGUCGGAGCAACUUCUGCGCAUCGGCUGCUCGUUUCGGUUAGAAAUGCUCAAAGUUGCCAUGUUUGGCGAAAAAUCCGUCGGCGAAGUGGCACGGGAGACGUUGCGGCACUUGAGCGAGUUCGAAGCCAAGCGCGUUCAGUGUACGGUCUACUGUACACUGAACACGAUCCAACCCUGUAGCGACGUAGCGGUGGCCACGCAUUCGCCGCCGCCGUCGCCCAAAUCAAGGCAGCCGAGAGUGGCGUCACCAAUAUCCCCUUUUCGACGGCCGCAGUCUAGCGAGACCAAUGAGCCGAACGCGACGCUGCCGACGCUUGAACCAUUCCAGGUACAAACAACACCAACGUGCCACCCGUCGCCCGUCAAAUGUGCUUUGAACCUACCGACUUUGGACUGGCGAACCACAAGACCGCUGGGGCCCAAGCCCACGGUCGAGCCACCCACAACCAUGCAAUUCAUCCGACCCAAACCAAAGCGCGUGGGCGAACGCAAAAAGUACCCGCUGUUGAUGCUCGACCCUUUGUUUGGGGCGUUGGACUAUGGCGUCGAUCCGUGCACUGCAGUGGCAUCUCCCCAGAGUUGGAAUCACCGUGAAGGCGGUGGGGAGUAUGUCGCCCACGUCUCGAGCAUCAUGGGCCACCACGUGAUUGUUGACGUUCAAUCACCGACGUUCUCUGCUGACAACGAAGUCAUCAUGAAGAAGACGAGUAGUGGCACCAACAUGGGGACUACGCUCAAUGUGUCAUCCCAGCGGAAGCGGAUAGGAUAAACGCCAGUAUGAUAUGCCCAACUUUCAAUGACAGAUUGACCAGAAUUUCAAGAAUCA